CAAUCACCUCAGUCACUCUCGAGGCGUCACGGGGGGAGGUUACGCGGCCUCUCUGUCGUCUCAUUCCACUCGUGUUAGCCCCGCGGUCCCUGUCAAACCACCAAACUGGCGCUCGAUAGGGAAAAGAUGAACUUCUCCUUCGCCGGCUGUGGGUUCCUCGGAAUCUACCAUGUCGGCGUGGCAGCGUGUCUCAAGAAAUACGCCCCAAAUUUACUGGUGAACAAAAUAUCGGGGGCGUCUGCGGGUGCUCUGGCGGCGGUGUGUCUACUGUGUGACUCCCCGCUAGGCACCAUCACCUCAUCAGUGCUCAAGACGGCGACGGAGGCGAGGAAGCACACACUGGGGCCCUUCAGUCCGACCUUCAACGUGGAGAAGCUGCUACGAGAGGGACUUCUAAGUGUGUUGCCAGAUGACGCGCACCGAAUUGUAAGCGGGAAACUGUUCAUCUCUGUGACGCGAGUGAGUGACGGCAAGAACAUCCUACUCUCACAGUUCAACACCCGCGAGGAGCUGAUCCAGGCUAUUCUGUGCUCGGCGUUCAUUCCGGGGUUCAGUGGGUGGGCGCCGGUAACCUUCCGCGGGGUUCGCUACGCUGAUGGAGGCUUUAGCGAUAACCUGCCUUGUCUGGACCCCCACACUGUCACCGUCAGCCCCUUCUGCGGGGAGAGCGACAUCUGCCCCAGGGAUUCCUCAGGCCCUCCCGUGCUGCAGGGGCUGCUCUGUUCUGCCUUCAUCCCUGGCUUCAGCGGGUGGGCGUGUCCGAGGGUGCGUGGGGUGCGGUACGUGGAUGGCGGGUUUACCAAUAACUUGCCGGAGGUGGACCAUGGCACCGUUACCGUCAGCCCCUUCUGCGGAGAGAGCGACAUCUGCCCCAAGGAUACCACCACGGGGCUCGUCACGGUGAAUCUGGCGAACACGAGUAUUGAGUUAAGUAAAGAGAAUCUGUACCGUUUCGCGCGCAUUCUCUUCCCGCCGCCCCCCGAGGUGUUGAGUAAGAUGUGCCAGCAAGGGUUCAACGAUGCCCUUGACUUCCUGCAGAGAAACAACCUUAUUAAUUGUACCAGGUGUCUCGCGGUGCAGUCCAGCUUCAAUUUGACCGAAUCACGUGAGGAGGCGCGGGAGUUGGUGCGGGUUGACCACUUCCACGGCCCAGACGACAACUGUAUUGACUGUAAGCAGCAACGCAAGGAGGCGAUCCUGGACCAGCUCCCUGAGGCGGUGGGGUCCAUCCUGCAGGACGCGAUCACUUCAGCCAACGAGGGUCUCAUGAAUUGGGUCUUUAAGCACAAGUCCAUGAAGCUGCUGUCUGUCCUCACCCUCCCCUACGUGCUGCCCAUGGACAUCGCCUACUCCGCCUUCCUCAGGUUCAUGGCCACUGCACCCACCAGUAAGGACCUGCAGAGUCUGGCCCAGCAGGUGAUCACUCUUGUCAAGGCCCUGCUCAGGAUGUCAACCAGGAGCUCUCUGCACCACCACCACCGCCACCUUGACACUAAGUUCUCCUGUCAGCUGGCCAUCACACAGUUUUCAGGUGAUGUGGAGAUGCAACACAUUCAGAACCGCCAGAACUUUGACUUCACUCUGGAUCUUGACACAAUGGAGGGGGUACCACAGAGCCACAAGGACGCCAUGCUGCUGGAGUCACAGGCGUUGGCGGAGGUGGCCUUGCGCUGUGCCUCUCGCUCUGUGUCACGUGCUGGGUCCCGCAUGGCCUCCCGCGUGCAAUCCAGGGCUCCAUCCAGGGCACCAUCCAGAGCUGUGUCCCGUGCUGUGUCCCGCCGGCCGUCCUUCAGUGAGGAGGUGGACACGGAGGACAGCAUGAGUUCCCCAGCAGCGCCACUCGGGGAGGACGCCUUUGAGAGGAUCCUGGAUGUCACCACACACCAGGAGGCUCUUAUGGCUUACUACUACCUAGAUGAUAACAAUGAGGUGAGAGUGACGGAGAUCUUCGACAUGACCAAUGCAGAUGAGGAGUUGGAUGUCUCGGGUGACGCAGGGCACUACCUCACCUCCUCCUCCCCCCACUGGGCCUCCGUGCACCCCCACCAGCGAUUCACCUCCCUUGGUUCAGAGGAGGAGCUGGAGGAUGAGAGGCCAGCGGGUGACGGGUGUGAGAUGUCCCCCCUCACACCCUCCGACACAGAGUCUGAGUAUUGCCGCAGCAGGCACGACCACAACAACCCAGAAUCAGAGCAGAUGUUUGGCACUGCGGGACUUGUCUGAACCACCACCCACCACCACCACCACCACUACCACCAGUACCAGACAGCACAGAGCCAAGAGUGAUGUGGUGUUUGUGGUGUGUGUGCCGAGCCAGCAGUGUUGUUACGCAGCUUCUGACGGCAAAACAAAAGAUUAUAUUUCAAAACACUACUAUUUUCAUGAGUCUUUCGAAGCAACACAAGUUAUUAUAGUUGUUUUCAUGGCUUCACUGACAGAUUAACAAGAUUUCCACAUUAUCAACAGGAGAAACACUCUUGAGAACACAGCUAGUCAUGUUUGUUGCCUUUGAAGAUAGUGGUGGUGAGAGCAGAGUGUUUCGUAGGGGAAGGUGUUGUGGUGAUGUUUCUGGCCAGUAUUGCUGCAGUGAGGUGGCCAGCAGCAGUGUAUCUCAGUGUUGCAGUGCUCCUGUGGCUGUGCGAUGCUGUGUUGUGUCUUCCUUGUGCUGCCUGAGUUGUGUGAAGUGUUCUUGUCUUCCGUUUUUUGUGUUUGUGUUGUGGGGUGAAGAGGUGUGUGUUUCGCUUUCUCAGGCUGCUUCCAGUAUUUUGUCUUUCCUUGUGUUGUGUGAGUGAGCUGUUAUGUUGCAUUGAUUUCCUUGUGUUGUGUGAGUGAGGUGUUGGUGUCUGUGCCUCCUGCUGUGCUGUGUUCCAUGCGUCGAGCUUCCUGUGUGUUGCUGUGCUGUAGGACGGACAGCCUGCACUGACAGCAGGUUACAGCAUUAAUACACAUCCAUGCUUUACGUACGUGAAUGGCGGGCAUACAUUGUAACCAAGGGCAUUGUGUAUUACCUGUAUCGUGUGAGGUGUACCUUUUUGUAACGAAUUAUUUGCAUUUUUGUAGCACUAAGGCAAUCUUGUCAUAUUUAAAAGCAUUAUUUUUUUGUUUAGAUUUACACAUUCUGUAGAGAGAGAGUCUGUGUGUGUGUGUGUGAUUGUAUGUGCAGGAUCUCAGCCCAGUGUAUCAACAGACUGUUAUUAUGUGCAUCUAUUAUACAGUACAGCCCUUUAAUUAAUGUGACUGUUUAAGGGAGAUAGUCAGUUGCUUGUAUAGUUAGUUAGCACCUUGUAUCUGCUGUGGUGUCAGGACUGGAGGAGGUGCAGGGCAGGGAACAGUGUCAUUGUGAAAGGGCCGGGGUGAACCAGUGUGUGCUGUGGGGCCUUGCUGUGGUGGCAGGUCUGGAGGAGGUGCUGGGUAGGGAACAGUGUCAUUGUGAAGGGGCCGGGGUGAACCAGUGUGUGCUGUGGGGCCUUGCUGUGGGUGUGUGGCCAGCUGUGGUGUGGCUGAGCUCCUGAGGGGUAGUGGGAUGAUUCAUGACUGUCCCUUCCCACUGUGGGCUGAUGGGACUAAGAGUGUGUGUGUGUGUGUGUGUUGUUUUGUCUGGGUGGCCUUGUGUGGGACUUCCUGCCUGGUAUAUAGUAAACUUGUAAUAUAAUCACUAAAUAUUUAAGGGGGAAAGAGUUAAUUCUAAUCUUCUAUGUCAAACUGGAGAGGGACACACAAAGAGUACAAUUAUUAACACCUUUAGUACCAUGACGCAUGUCCAUAUUCAUUUUUGCUUACUAUUUGGUGGUUUUAGACAGCUCUAGAAACCCAUGUGGGGGAUUGAAAUAGUGAAGACUUUUGUUAAUCUUCUGACCUCCAUAGACUCUUCCUAACGUCAAUAAAAUGGUCUAAUCGUACACAAAUCUCAAAUUAAAAAUGUGUCCCAAUACUGAAGGGGUUAAUGGCUUUGUGUAUAGAGAUUCCAUAGCUAUAUGAGAUUACCUAAGUGAUUGGUGUUGUGUAGGGGUGACAGGUGUGGUAGCUGUGUUAGGUUAGGCUCCCUGUGUGUUAGGAGACAGGGUUCGUGUUGAGGAGAGGUGAUGUGUUACUGGGGUGUCAUAUAUGUGUGUGUGAUGGACAGCAGUGUGUAAAGCGAGAAUUAAUUUUGUGAUUUCUUGUAAGUUUAAUGAAAUAUAAACUUUCACAAGGAAUGAAUAGAUUAGAGGAAUAUGUUUUGUUGUUUGUAGCAAUGAUGAAUUUCUUCUGAGCAUCAAGAAAGAAAGAGAUUAGAGGAAGAGAUUUAGCAGUUUGUAGGAAGUUUGGUGUUUGUAGGUGGCUGUAGUAGAAGUGUUGCAGAUUUGUUAGUGAUUAAAGAUGUGUUGUAUAGUGAUAGAAGAAGUGUAGUGAUUAGAUGGUGAAAUGCUUGACUGUCACUAUUACUAUCACUGUCACCAUCACUGCUAGUCUUAAUGAGUUGUGGAGUGUGGUGUCUUGCAUCCUGGCACUGAAAUUUAUGAAACAUUUACCUCAUGUAUGGGCAUUGUGUGUUUGUGUAUGUGUGUGUGUGUGAGACAUUGAGCUAAUUAAUUCUGUCACUAUGUAGGAUGAAGUGAUGCAUUCCAGUAGUUAUGUUAUGAAGAGAAGAACCAUUACCUCAUGUGUGGGAACUGUGUGUGUGUUGUGGUGUUACUAUUGACAGCUUCCCUUACCCUGCCACUGUAAGGUAAGAGUGAAGUGCCUCAUUCCAUUAGUUAUAUGAUGAACAAAACUAUUACCUCAUGUGUGGGAAAUUAUAUUAUGUGUAUUAGUGUGCUUUGUUGAGUCACAGUGUAUGCAAGGUGGGGUGCUGAGUGGUGCGUGUGUGUGUGUGUGUGUGUGUGUGUGUGUGUGUGUGUGUGUGUGUGUGUGUGUGUGUGUGUGUGUGUGUUUCAGCAAUUAAGGAACCAAUCUGAGUGUACAAAUUUCAAGACCAACUAGUGUAAUUCAUUGUUCCAAAAAUCUGUUUUUUUUAUUUCAAUCUUUUCAAAUAAUCAACACAGUGAAGGAUCGGAAGUGAAAGUAAUGAACUGCAUGAAUUAAAACACAAACUCACCUAACCUAACCCUAUGAAGUCAACAAAUACUAAUGUUAUUUCAAUUAUAUCAUGAUUUUCUCUCUCUCUCUCUCUCUUUGUAUAGAAGUAUGUUAUCCUCCAGCCUGUUAGUGCCUUGUGUGUGUGUGUGUGUGUGUGUGUGUGUGUGUAAUUCACCUCACCUUGAUUGUCUGCUGGUCACCCAGUGUGUGCGUGUGUGUGUGUGUUGACAUAUCUCUAUUUAUUCCAUUAAGUCUUUCAGUACCAGACAAUCACACUUUCCUGAACCAAAGCAUUACUGUCUGUGAUUGUGUCAGGCUGAGGUGAACCAUCAACUGUACACACCAAACCCAGUCCAGCUCCCUCACUGCUCCAUGCUGGGUACCCUGUGUAUUUACCUAUUUGUGUAUUGCAGGGCCCAAGCUAAGCUCUCUGUCCUGCCUCCUUGGCCACUCCUGUCAUAUCUCUCUUUCAUCUGAUUGACAUACACUGCGUCAACGACAUCACUGCUCAGUUUAUUCCACUUAUCAAUGCUACGAUGGGAAACUGUACUUUCUCACGUCAUUUAGACAG